AUGAAUUUGAUUAAUCGUCUACUUGGUUGUGCCUAUGGGCAGGCACUAGGUGACGCUUAUGGUCUAUCGACUGAAUUUCAAAAGCGUUGUGCAGUGGCGAACACUUAUCCAGAUGCAACUCAAUUAAUUCCCUUUCCGAAUUAUGAACAAACUCAAUAUUCAGCUCGAUGGACACGUGAUGAUUGGACAGAUGACACAGAUCAAUGGUUAUUACUCAUGGAAACAUUGAGUGCACAUGAUGAUGAUGUGAAGAUCUUUGCAAGAAAAUUAAAUAUGUAG